AUGACUAAGCAUAAAAACAAUAAUAAACCACGUAGUAGUUGGAUAACAAAAGGUCUUAUGAUAUCUUGUAAAACUAAAGAAACUCUGUAUAAUUUAUGGAAUCUGGAUAGGAGUAAUAACACACUGAAACAGGAAUAUAAUUCAUAUUGCAAAUUAUUAAAUAAGUUAAUAUCACUAACAAAAAAUGAAUACGAGAAUGAGAUGGUAAAAAACAUAUAUAAAGAUAGUAGGAAGCUAUGGAAUUAUGUUAAUGGUAAACUGGGAAAGAAUAAAAAUGUCUCUACUGAAAUAGAUUAUAUAAUACGUAACGAAGAGAUAGUCACUGAUAACAGGGAUAUUGCGGAUAAAUUCGUAGACUUCUUUAGUAAUAUUGGUGAUGAACUAGCUAAAAAAAUUGAUAAACUACAAGUAAACAUAGAAAAAAAUGUGAAACAUAAUUCAAAUAGUAUUUUUCUCACUCCAACUGAUAGCUUUGAAAUUGAAAAAACAAUACUUGAUCUGAAAGACAAAUCAGGAGGCGUUGAUGGUAUUAGUAGUAAAGUUCUAAAGAUUAUUGCAAAUGAUAUCAGUGUUCCCCUAGAGUAUAUUUUUAACAUGUGUAUUAAUCGUGUAAUAUGGCCUUCUGCCUUAAAAAAAACGGAUAUUAUUCCAAUUUUUAAAUCAGGCAAUAAGCAUCUAACUACCAACUAUAGACCUAUAUCGCUUAUAUCUAACUUAGCAAAAAUAUUUGAAAAAAUAAUUUUUAACAGAUUAUAUUCUUUUUGCAUUUCCAACAUUUUAAUCUCUAAUAAUCAAUUUGGUUUUGUAAAAAAUAGGGGUACAAGUGAUGCCCUUGCUAUCACAUCUAAUUUUAUAUAUAAUAAUAUUGACAACAACCUGUCAACUGUACUUGUUUUCCUAGAUCUUGCAAAGGCAUUUGACACUGUUAACCACAAGAUACUAUUAGAUAAACUAUGGAGACGUGGAAUAAGAGGUAUUCCACAUCAAUUAUUAACGAAUUAUUUAACUAAUAGAGAACAAUGUGUUAAGAUUAAUAACUGCACAAGUGAAACUAAGAUGGUGAAAGUUGGUGUCCCUCGAGGUACGAUACUGGGUCCCCUGUUGUUUAUCAUGUACAUAGAUGACAUUUUUGAUGUUUUACCUCCAAAUGCUCUAGUAGCAUACGCGGAUGAUACUGCAGUAUUAUGUUUAGGUAGAAAUUGGACUGAACUGAACGUAACUCUAAAUAACUGGUUAAAUAAACUGGACAUUUGGUUAAAAGUUAAUAAACUUUCCUUUAACAUUGAUGAGACAACUUAUAUCACCUUUGGAAGCUAUAGUGACAGUGUACCCAAAAACUAUCAUCUAUAUAUAAACGACAGAGAGCUCAGAACUUAUUAUCUGUUAUUGAGUGAAGAACUCAAGAAGAAAUUCUACCCUGGCGUCACAGACAAUAUGUCAGCGAUGGAUAGAUUAGAGGCGUAUAAUACGUCUAAAGUCAUCACUUUAACGGUAACAACUCGUGCCGUUGGCUUCUCGACAAUGCACAUUUUCGCUUGUCUGUACGAGUUUAACAACGUUCUAAUGCGCGGAAGCAUUUAUCAAAUAUAUCGCGUAGCUCUCGCUGUGUUCGAGGCUAAAAUUCAAUUUACCCAGAGAGGGGUCUCAUUAAUUAUGAACAACGAAGAAGAUUUCAAGCACCAGACUUUCAACGAAGAUUGGAUGCAAGCCGCUAAAGCGGUUGUUGUUCUACCGGACCAAUUAAGUACCAUCAUCAAUGCGGUUGGCAAGGUCACGGUUUACGAUGCAACGUAUGUACCGAAGCUCGCUAAAGACAACUUCCAUGAGGAUACUUUCAUACCUCAAAGUGAACUAGUUGUUCUUUGA